GGUAUCCCAUUGUCGUUGCGUCAGCUAAGGCGAACAGAGAUGUCUGGUGAUUGGCCAAUUACGAAUAGUGGGAAAUCCCAGUUGAUACCUGCUCUUCCGUGCUGAAUGUCUUGCGUUGUCGUGUGCGCGCGCGAGCACCAGCGCAUGCACGAGCAUGUACUGACGUUUCAGAGUUCUCGCGUCACCAUCGACCUCAAGCUUUACCCUGAAGGAACGUAGACGAUCGGACGACAAUUAGUAACGCGCGAAACGCCAUUCACGUUGCACGUUUCGUUGCACGUAUAUAACUUUCGAUUCGAAUUUGUGACUUUUCUUCUCCUUCCUCGUUUCUUCUUUUUUCUUUUUCCUUAUUUUUUCUAUCCUUUUCUUUUCUUUAACCGUCUAAAUAUAUCUGUCCAUGAUUUAUGAGAACACGGUUUCUUUGUAAAAACGACACAACUGAUACAACGUCGACGACGUUUGCAAUACUUAUGUUAAUUAACAGGAACGAUUUAUUUUCUUGCGAUAGUCGUACGAGUUUGAAUAGUUGCGCGUGGCGCGAAACGACGCACGAUUCCAAAUACAUACGUAUAUGUGAUCGCGUUUGUACGAAAGAUCUACAUAAAAAAAUUUAGAGCACAUCUCAGAAAGGGAUGAAUUCCUUUGAUAACUAUGACAGGACGAAUCUGUCGGAGGUUUGUUCCUCGGUAAUAAACUUGAACGAUGAAAAUGAAAAUAACGAUCAUUUCUUGUGGAACAUGGAUACUCCAGUUAACAAAAAAGAUGGCUCGAUUUAUAAUUCGUACGAACCUAAACGAAAAAGAUGUUUCCUCGGUGAAAACGAGGAUAUCGAUGGAACCGGCUGGUGCGGGAAACCGAUCAAAAGUUGGUGCCAAGAGGAAACGAUAAGUUGGUUAAUGUCAGCCGCAUCUUCUAUAGGACUACCAUAUAGAUCUAUCCAGCAGAGUCUUGCGGUUUCCGGGGAACAACUUGCUACGAUGACACGCAAUGAUUUCCUCUUUCACGAUCCGAUCUAUGGGGAUAAAUUAUAUUGUCAUCUUCAUUCUCAACAUAUUUCGAAUUCACUUCCACCGUUCGAGGCUAUACAUUCGCAUUCCGAGGACGAUUUGGCUCAAAUGUCAUCGAGCGGUGUCUCUGAUACUGAAUCAGAUAAUUGUAUGAAAAUUACGAUGAAACGACCACCGGGAAGGCCAAAAAUGUUAAAGCCGAAGAAAAAUGUUACGGGUCAAGGAAAACUAUGGGAGUUUAUUCGGGAUUUAUUACGCAAUCGAGAAACCUGUCCCAGCUUAAUUUGUUGGGAGGAUUAUUCGCAAGCUAAAUUUCGUUUUGUUAAGAGCGACGAAGUCGCGAAACGAUGGGGUUCCCGAAAAGGAAAUACAAAAAUGACCUAUGAAAAACUUAGUCGUGCCAUGAGAUACUAUUACAAAAGUAAGAUAUUUCAACCCGUACUUGGUCGAAGAUUGGUUUAUCAGUUCGGUCCUAACGCAAAAGGAUGGCAAACUGACAAUCCUAAUUUCCGAUAUUGACAUAAUUACGCAUACAGAAUUAAUUUUAAUUUCUAGAAUAUAAGAGCGAGCAAAAUAAAAGCUUUUCUGCAUACUUUUGUAAUUGUGAAAAUAUUUAAUAUUUUUACAACGGUCGCGAUACCUAUUGUAUCUAUGUAUAGAGUAAAGUUAAAGAAAAGAAAUACUAAUGCCACAUUCGUCAGGAUCGCGUCCGAGAAAGAGAGAGAGACAGAGAGAGAGAGAGAGAGAAGAAUUUUGAAAGCAAAUCAUACAAGUAAGUAUAUUGUGUUGCAUUUUAUAGGCAUUACAUCUAAUUUUUACAUCCAUAUCGUUUAAUUGCUUAAUUUCAAGUUGUUGGUAAUCAGUCUUGGUUAGUUAUUUAUUAUAAUUUAUUAUAUACGUUUUCUGAGUCUUAUCCGUAAUAUAAUAUAUGCGACUGUAUCGAGGACAAUAUACAAAAUGAUCAGUACAAUCAUACAAAACCAAUAAUCUACUUGUUUCAUGCCGACAGCCAUCAUGAGUUGAUUGGGCAUGGCAAAAUGACAAUACACAUCAGAGCAAUGCAUUUUUGGUCUAUCGUACCUGAAAUUUGAUAAAAAAGAUAAGAAUUUCAAUUGGAAUUCUAUUUCGACUGGAUAUUUAUUUAGACUAACAAAUAUCUGUAAUUACCCAUAAAUUGUCAUCAUUGUUCCUUCAAAACCAUAUUUGAGAAAAGAUAUAUGGAAUAACCAAUGCAAAUAAGGAUGUGCAUCGGUAAGGUGUACAAAAAAUCCACUAAAUAUUGUAAACGGUAGGAUGAUAAGUGGUCCAAAGAUCACACCGUUCUAAAAAGUUGACAACUUAACAUUGAUUAUGGCAAUCGGUGCUAAUUAUAAAUAUUAAGAAGCAUAUAAAUGAUCGAUUCUGCACAAACCUGUACUGUUAAACCAGCACCGAUGAUGAAACCGAUCGCUUGAGCUACCAAGGUAACGACGAAGCACAUCAACACGUAAAGAAUUAAUCUUUUUGUUUCCAAAAUUUGAUUGCUCAUGAAAUAUACUAUUAACGUGUAUAUGCACGUUGCGGUGAGUUGUACUGGAAAAUCGGCAAAUUUGUUUGCCAAGUAGAACGAUCGAAGCUUAUACCAACGAUUAAAAUGUUCUCGCAUAAGUAUUGGCAACUCCAAAGGUACUACGUAAUAUACGUAAUGAAAAGAAAAAAAAAAAAGAAGAAAAAAAAAAAAGAAAAAAUAUUCGUUAAUAUUCUUAGAGUCGAUUAAACCUAUACCUAUACACAUAUAUAUUUAAUACAUAUAGGAAUAUUUACAGUUACAAAGAAAGAAAUAGAAAACGUGACUUACGCGUGAUGAGCGUCGAGCUGAAGGCACUGAACAUUAGAAACAUCAGAUUGAAGAAAAGUAAAUUAAAAUUAUCUAAGACGUAAGUGGCGUCUUGUCCGAUUCUGAAAAAUAUCGCACCGACAAUCAGCGCGAUAAAGAGAUGCAUCGAUAUCCGUGUAAGGAUCAAUAUCUAAUCGUAUAAAAAACGAGAAAGAAGACAUUUUUAUCGUAACAACGUCGAAAGGAAGGGAAACAAGAGACGAGAUAAACAACGAGAUUACCUUGUCCCGUAAUAAUUUAAUAGCAUUUCUUCUAAGGAGAAUAUGAAACUGUUUCCAAAAUCCUGUCGCAUAAUAUGUUGUAUGCUUGUACUCUACUUCGAAGGAAGGCACACGUAUAUUGGUCUGUUGUAACACUUUUGAGGAAGCCGACAUGUGCGUGACGAUUAUCUCCUCAGCUUUGUUCAAACUUAAGUUCACCGACGACCUCCAAGCAUUGCUUUUCCCAUUCUGAACUGUUUCGACCAAUUUCGAAAGAUGAUUGCCGUAAUCGCCGUUACAUAUUUCUAUUACUGAAACAUAAAUUUAUAAGUAAUCGCGAGCGUUAUCUUAACUAUUUUAACUCUACUACUUAUAGAUUAUGGUUGUAAACUAUAGAUAAAUACUUACUAAAAUCCGCAGGAUUAUAAUGUGUUGGACAAUGUAAACCAAGACUGCUUAAAUAUGGCACUAAAUUAUGCGUUCCACCAGUGUAAACACAAUAUCCUCCAGCAAUUAUAUAAAGAUGAUCUAUCAUAUUGAAGAGCGACGCACUAGGCUGGUGUAUCGUACAGAUUAUAGUUCGUCCUUCUAAUGCUAAUUGUUUUAAAAAUCUGAUGCAUUGUUUCGACGUGACGCUGUCCAGUCCGCUGAUAUCAACCAAAAAAAAAAAAAAAAAAAAAAAAAAAA